AUGGAGAAUUGCCAAUGGGGCACGCUUGGAGCUGCUAUUGAUGCAUCGACCACAAAAUUUCCCACGAAAACGAUCGCUUCCUGGGCAGAGCAAAUUUAUUGGGGACUCGCUCAUAUUCAUGGUCAUCACUUUACCCACCUCAAAAUCAACAUUGAACCAGAAAACAUAUUUGUGACUGAGGAAUUCACGUUGAAACUUGGAGGAUUUGGUGCUGUGGAUACUUCGGAGACACUGCGAUACAAGUGUCCUUACAAGAAAAAUGAAAAUGACCGUUAUGAAAUGCAAAUGAAAUAUGAUAUUCGAGCCACGCAGAAUGAUGCCGUUUACAGUGCGACAUUGGUCGUUUGGGAAAUUAUGGAGGGAAGAGUCGUAUUCGGCGAAACGUAUACACUGAUCAAUGAAUGUCUUCAAGCACAACUACGAGAUCCUUCAACUUGGGGACUUUUGGAAGACGGUAUCGAAUCGAGGAAUCGGCGAAAUAAAGCA